AUGGCAAAGGCGCAAGCUGAAAUAAGAGAAGCCUUUAAAAGAAAGAAGACAAUCGAGGAAAGUGACAUUCAAAACCUAAAAUAUCUGAAGUUGAUAAUCAAGGAAAACUUUAGGGUACAUCCCGCUGUCACUUUACUCCCAAGAGCAUGCAGGGAAGAAUGUGAAGUCGAUGGGUAUACCAUACCCUGCAAAGCAAAGGUUGCUGUGAACAUCUGGGCUUUGGGAAGAGAUCCAGAAUAUUGGGAAAAACCAGAAAUCUUUAAACCCGAGAGAUUCAAGAACAGUUCUGUUGAUUUCAUGGGAAAUAACCUCGAAUAUAUUCCAUUUGGAUCAGGAAGGAGGUUUUGUCCGGGCAUGAACUUUGGAAUUGCAAAUAUUGACGUGCAUUUAGCUCAACUUCUUUAUCACUUUGACUGGAAACUUCCUCAUGUAAUGAACCAUGGUGAUCUAGACAUGAGUGAGAUACCUGGA